AUGUUGCUAAUUUUCAAAGAAUGUGCAGGCUGUAGCAGAUUUCAUGUCACAAGUAAUGGAGAAACCACUGCUUUCCAACCCUGCACAGAUGGUGAGAUUCUGAUCUGUUUCAGCCCCCACCAGCGUUUAAUCACCUCUAUGCUUUCAGACAUGAAAUUCAUUAGGGAAAAUGUUGUGUUGAGACGAGAGAGGCCUAAGAGGGUUUACGUUGAGUUCGGUGGUGGGUUAAAGGUGGGGAUCGAGUGCAUUAGGUGCAGUGGGGGAUUCCACUGCUUGGCAGAUAUGAACGGAUUAUUUCGUUCUUAUAGUGAAAAGGGAGAGCUUCAGCUGUGGGAGAAUUUGUCGACUGUAGCCAAGAUCAAUGCCCUUUCAGGUUCUUCCUGCCAUUGUGUUGAACCUGGUUUGUUCGGUUUCUAUUUUGCGACACUUUGUGAAAAGGAUAGACCUUUAGUUGUUCAAUGUAUUAAGAAAGUUUUGAAAGGCUUUAUCUUUAUUCUUUGUUUCUUGAACCUGAGAGUUUCACAUUUGUGGCUUAGGUUUCAUAUAUGA